AUGAUCCUUCUCACACUCGCACGCACUACUCUCUCCGCUAUGCUCGCUUCGUGCUCUCUCGCUCUCUCAUUUUCUCUCAAGUUCGCCGCUUGAAUCCUCGCCGGCUCUCCUUGCCGGAGGCUGAUGUCACCGCCUCUUGAGCAUAACUACAUAGGCCUUUCGGAACUCCAGCCAUCCGCGGCGGUAGCCACCGCGGGGGAUGGGGUCCUCAACUUGAAGGAGACGGAGCUGAGGUUGGGUCCGCCCGGGUCCGAGUCCCCCGACCGGAAGGACUUUGUCGGAGGUCUCACCACCCCGGGACUCCUCUCCAAGCCCUUCGUACCCGGCGCCAAGCGAGGGUUCUCCGACGCCAUGAACGGGGCCGGGAAGUGGGGACUUAUCGCAGGCGGGAUCGGAUUCGAGGUGGAUGCUGGAAAAGGAUGCGCCUUCUUCUCCUCCAUGGGGGAGAAAGGAGGCGGAAAGCUGCCCGGACUGGGGAAUGCGGCCAAGGACACGGUGUCGAAGGCGGUGGCGCUGGAGAAGAAGGACGCCAUCCAGGUUGAGAAUUCCGCUGGAAGUGAGCGUGGCGUCGCCCCCGCUGCAAAGGCACAGGUUGUAGGUUGGCCACCAAUACGUAGUUACCGAAAGAACAGUAUGGCUACAAAUCCAUCAAAGAACAAAGAAGAUACUGAAGGAAAACAAGGCUUGGGAUGCCUUUACGUGAAGGUUAGCAUGGAUGGAGCACCAUACCUUAGGAAAGUUGAUCUGAAACUGUAUAGCAACUAUAAGGAAUUUUCAUCAGCACUUGAGCAGAUGUUUAGUGGCUUCACCAUCGGCCAAUAUGAUUCUCAUGCGGUACCAGGACAAGAUGGAUUAACUGAGAGCAAGUUGACUGAUAUUUUGAGUGAAUCGGAAUAUGUCCUCACAUAUGAGGACAAAGAUGGUGAUUGGAUGCUUGUUGGGGAUGUGCCAUGGGAGAUGUUCUCUGGCUCUUGCAGAAGGUUGAGGAUAAUGAAGGGUUCAGAUGCAAUUGGACUUGGUGAGCAUAAAUUCUCCAAGGCCAUAUGAGAAAUGCAAGAACUAAGGGCAAAUGACAACUUUUUCAUGAAAGCAAAUGUGAACCAGACGAUAUCACUAGGCCCUGACUGCGAUUGAAAGGUUUAACAAGGUUCUUGGUAAAUUGGCUGCAUUUCUAGUGAAUUAUCUACUUUACUCUCUGUUUACAUGUAUUUAAGACUCGGUUAGCUAAGAUUUUCUAGUGACUAAGCUGUCUGUGAAUGUGUAUUCAGUGUUUGUAUGUGUUCUUAGCUUGCUACUGCAUCUGUAAACACUAGGCUUGCUGUUUGGAACUGCUAUAUCAUAUAUGCUCUUGUUUGAGAAUGCUGUUCAAAA